CGCACUGCCACCCUCGCCUAUAAAAGCAACGCAGACGACGAUGCUAAGCCCAACCGAAGCUCACGCAAACACAGCCACACAAGGAUAUCUCCUCACGACCACUACUCCAGAAUCUCACAGUUAGCAAUGGCGAAGUGUCUCGCCGUCGCGCUCCUGCUGCUGGUGGUGGUCGCGUACUGCGACGGGAGGGAGCUGAACGGCAAGGAACAGACACUUGCAGCGGCACGCGGUGCCGGUGCCGGCGCCGCCGGCGUCGGCGAGGCGAAGGUUUUGGGGUUGCCAGACCUGCCGCUUGUCGGAACCGCUACCGGUACCAGCACCAUUACCGGUCCGCUGGUGGUGAUUCCUGGGAUCCCUGCUAUUGGCCCAUGAUAAUCUCUAGUUCAUGUGAUGGCUCACAACCUGAACUGAAGCUCACCUUGUGUCUAGCUUUAGGCUUUUAGCUAGCGCGCCGCCUGGAAGAAAAAACG